AAGCAGAAUUCACUCCGAGCGUUCGUUUCAGAGUUGAAGUGUAUUUGCCUAUUCUGGACAAGCUGCAUGCUAACGGAGCUCAACAAGCGUUUACAAGCCUAUGCCAAGCUGUCGCAUAAGUUUGGAUUUCUUCACAAUGUUUUGCAUCUCGAUGCCAAACAGCUCAAAGAUGGAGCGGACAAUUUGGUACAGCAAUAUCCAAAUGACUUGGAGUUGGAGCCAUCUCUCGCAGAAGAGCUGGUCCAUUUUCGUGGAUAUUUCAAGGGAAAGAAUGUACCUCGCAAGGAAGAUGCGUUAGAUGACCUUAGAUGA